AGUGUAUGUCGACGUUGAAUAGGCUACUAUACUUUUUCUACAUUACUGGUGAUUAUGGCGAAGUUUGCCAAAUGGAUGUGAAGUGUCUCGUAAAGAAUAUCAUUGGCGAUUUUAUCAAAUAAUCUUUAUCGAGCCAUACCUGAAAGUACAAUAAUAGACUUGGCUGGAACCUGCAGCCUGAUUAAAUAAAUAGUAUUGUCUGUCUCUUGAACUGCUCUACCAGCAGUAACCCAACUACCAUCCCGUCCGGCGCAAAUAGAUCAAAUCAGAUCUACAACCAAAUUUUUUUCAUCUUUUAUUAACAGUUUUGGACACAUAACCUUCUUAAGGCGGUGCAUUGUGCAUUUGAAGUAUAUAAAACAUGGAGGGCCAACAAUUUUGUUUACGAUGGCACAAUUUUCAAAAUACAUUGUUGAGUUCUCUUCCUAAACUGCUUGAUGGUGGUUAUUUAACAGAUGUCACAUUAAGUGCUGGUGGUAGACACAUACAUGCACAUAAAAUUAUCCUUUCUGCUUGUAGUUACUACUUUAAAGAAUUAUUUAAGGAUUUAAGUUCUUUGCAACAUCCUGUAAUUGUAUUACCAGGAAUGGAAUAUGCAAAUUUAUGUGCACUUGUCACAUUUAUGUAUAAUGGUGAAGUAAAUAUUUAUCAAGAGCAAUUACCUGCACUUUUGGCUAUGGCAGAUACUUUACAUAUUCGUGGAUUAGCUGAUAUAGCUGGGAAAAAUUCGAGACACGAUAAUGGUUUAUACGUUCAACCUUCACCAACGCAACUGCAGGAAAAAACAUCAGCCGAAACGCCGAUAAAAAAAGAAAAUAAAGACAGUGUCAUAAGCGGUGGAGAACCUUUAGAAACGGUUCUAGAUACAGAUGUAGCUGAGAACAUGGAAGAACCCUUCAAUGAUCAAGAAAGUAUAUCUUAUUGUGUGAAGACUAAGCCUUACUACUCCAUUAAUGCGAAGUUAAAUCAAAGAGAAAAAGUCAGUAUUCCUUCCAUUAAUGCUUCUACCAACAAAUAUGCUGAGAAAGCAUAUUCGGAAGCUGGAAUAGAUGAGAGCACACCUGUUUUAGAAGAUCAAAUUACUCCUGUGGAAGAUAUAAAGCCUCCUCCUGUUUGGGAUGCGAAUUUCAAGUUUUUGACAACGUCUGUGGGCAGUAGAACUUCUCAGAAUUAUAAUAAAUCUAGUGUCACUUGUCUUAUUUGUGGAAAACAAUUAAGUAAUCAAUAUAAUUUGCGGGUACAUAUGGAGACACACAGUAACAGUUCGUACAGCUGUACAGCUUGUUCACACGUAUCAAGAUCACGAGACGCGCUUAGAAAACAUGUUUCUUAUAGACAUCCAGUUGCGUCGUCACAAAAACGUUCACGAUAUAGUACACCGAAAUCAUAGAAACUAGAUACCUUGGUUUAUAUUAUACCCUUUGUUUUAGACACAUCUUAUUUAAAACAUAAAUUUUGUGCUAUUUAAUUUGACUUAAAUACUUUAUUGACUAAAAAACU